AUGGCCCCCACCGUCACUGCCACUCCCUACGACUUCCCUAGGCUGAGAGUCUCAGUUCACCUCGACGACGAUACCAGCUAUCUUGCAGAGGAUGACCCUGUCCCAGAAUUUUUUGAUGUAAAAUUCUGCCCCUACCAGCCGCUGAAUGCAAGGCCAGUCUUUGCUGCUGUCAGCAAGAAGCAUCCCGAGGCAAGAAACUACUGCUGCACCUGGACUAAGGAUGUUGUGACCGGAAAGCCACUUCUGUGUUACGGUGGUGAGGAUGCAAAGAUCAAAAUCUAUGAUAUCUUUCAGAAAAAGCUUGUCAACGACAUCUGCGACGUCGUCACGUCUCCGUUAGACCCCUUGAUUGUUGCCUCCUGCUCAGACGACACAACCGUUCGCAUCUGGAGCUUGGACCCAAGACAUGAGAAACAGCCUUGCCUAUGCAUUCUCGGCGGCGAAGGCCAUUACUGGAACCUCCUCACCUUGGCCUGGCAUGAUACUGGCCGCUACAUCCUGUCCGCCGGUCACGACCAGAUCAUCAACCUGUGGACUGUGCCGGACCUCCCGACCGAGCCUACAGAUCGUCCUGUCGAGGUCCACUAUCCUCACUUUUCCACUUCCGAAGUACACAGCAGUCUUGUGGAUUGCGUCGCCUUCUUUGGUGAUUACAUCCUCUCCCGCGCUUGCCACGACGAUGUCAUCGUUCUAUGGAAGAUUGAAGGUUUCUCCUCGGAAGAUCCACGGCCGUCGCAAGACAUGGCUCCCACCACCAUCAACCCGGCCAAUUUGACGCGGUCCGCGUUCAACCCAGGCGUCUCGGCCGAAUGUCCAGCACCGUACACCCGUCUGAUGGAGUUCGCGACUCCCGGCUGUGGUCCCCAAUUUUUCAUGCGGUUCAAGCUGCACUUCGUCCCAGACCAGCACCCGGUCCUCGCUUUCUGCAAUGCCAACGGGAAGAUUUUCUUUUGGGACUUUGAGCAAAUCACAGGUUUCCAUGAUUACAUCAAGAAAGUAGAAAAGAACCCUGAUGCUCCCCCCGAAAGGCCGAGUUGGUUGACAGCCGUCGUCCAUCGUACGCAUGGUGGAGCCAAAGCUGAACCCACGGUAAGAGAGCGCAAAGCGGCUGGCAAGGCACACCCGUCAGGUCUUGAGCAAAUCCCCACGUUCGCCAAUGUGUACAACAAAGAGACGCUCUUGAUGUGGGAUACCAAGUACAACGUCGAGAACCCGCAAGUGCCACUCAAGCCUCACAAGAUAGAGAACUUCGGCGCGUCAUCGUUUGUUGGUAGACAGGUGGCAUGGAGUCCAGGGGGAGAAUGGUGUGUUGUUGUGGGCAGCUCCAAUUUUGCCUUGCUGUUGCAAAGAUGGGCACCUAAACGGGAGACAUAA